AUGUUCUCUCCCAAUAAAAUAAUAAAAUACCUAGUCUUUUCCGAAUUCGACAUUAAUUCAGGCCCAAUAAUUAAACAGCAAUAUCCAACUAAAAUCCCUGGCGACCUACCUUAUUUCGCUGAAUUACUCUUACCUGAUCAAAUACACACAAGACCUCAGGAUUGGACCAUAAUCAUCCUCCAUAAAAACAAACUCAACAACACCUACCAAUACCAUUCAGAUCUAUACAACAAUCACCAAAAUAACUCACCACUCGAUUACUACAACGAUGACAACAACUCCCUCAAUCUCGAUCUCAAUCUCAAUCUCAAUCUUGAUACACAAAUAAAUAACGAUAUUGACAACCUAAAUUACAACGAUGACCAACUAUUCAUCCUAAACGUAGUAAACACAAGAUUCGACCCAAAUGUCCCCAGAAACUCAAUCAUAAGAGGCCUUGCCCUAGCUACUUCCUACCAAUUCUUCCAGAUCUUUAAACCUCUCCUACUAAUAACCCUAGACCAACUCUUUCUAAACUCCUCUUCUGUCAACUCCCUAUCAAUCCUUAAAAACCUAUACUACACCCUAAAUAAUAUAAGUAUUCUAAAUAACUUGCCCUCAAUUAACUUUGAAAAAAAAAUACUUCUAAACUCAAUCCUAGAUUUUCCAAUUACUGAUUAUGUCAAUGACCAUUCUUAUCUUCUAAAUUUACUUAAUCCUAAUAAUAACAAUAAUAAUAACAACAAUAACAAUAACAAUAACAAUAACAAUAACAAUAACAAUAACAAUAACAAUAACAAUAAUAACAAAAUCCCUCAUGGACAUAAAUCAAAAACUAAAAACAAAAACAAAAACAAAAAUAAAAACAAAAACAAAAAUAACCUCAACUUCUCUUUAAUCAUCAAAAAUAAUAUCAAAAAUAAUGUCAAAAGCAACUCUCUACAAAUCAAGAAUAACAACAUCGAAAUCUUUGUAAACUACUUGGGCAUCAAAAUCCCUCUAAGAAUCCCCCUCCUACAACUACCUCUAUCAAUCGGCGAAUACUCAAUAAGAAACUUCAUCCAGUACUUUCUAAACAGUACCUUGAAAUUCUCAAAAUUAUACCCCGAACUAACCAUCUAUGGCAAAUCAACUCCUCCAAUUAUCGUCCUAAUUAAUGCCUUUUUAACUCAUAAAAGAAUCUUCUAUUUAGGUCACAAAAAACCGGCUAAUGAAAUUUGCCAAUUCAUUGUUGCAACAAUAGAUUUAAUCUCCGGUGGUGGCUUAAUUAAUGGAAUCCUAAAUAAAACUUUCCCCUACAUUGAUUUAUCAAAGUAUGAUCUUAUUCAAAAUUUACCUUGGUUCUUUGCUGGCACUACCAACCCAACUUUUAAAUCUCACGAUGACUUAUGGGACCUCCUAUACGACAUAGAAUCAAACGAAUUAGUCCUAUCUUCUUCUCUAUCUUCCCCUUCUUCCAAUAAUAAUAUAAAUAUUAAUAACUAUACUUUAUCAUCUCAACAAUCCUCCUCUUUUAAUCCUAUUUCAAAUUUAAGAUCAAGUAAAAGCUUAAAAUCUAACAGAAAUAGUUGCUAUACAAGCUAUACAACUUCUUCCUCUUUAGAUACAAGCUAUAGAAGUAGUGUUAAAAGUGUAGCCUAUUCAACUCCAUAUUCAAAUUCAAGUCAAUACAAUGAUGACGAUUUCAAUACAAGUGAAUCAAUAAAUGCCACCGACCCAUUUUUUCAACCCAUUACUUCUAUUCACCCAAUCCCUUCUUUACCUUCUUCAAAAUCUUUCAAUAACAUGAAUUUCAAUAACUUGACCACUAUUAAUAGUAAUGACACAGGCUUUAAUAGCUUUAAUAAUGGCUUGAAUUUUAACUCCUCACUCUUAAAUCGUUCAUAUAGCUCAAAUCAUAACAACAUCAAUAACAAUAAUGACCUCGAUAACCCAAUCAUUUUAGAAGACGCAAACUUUUUAUCUCAAUUACAAUCAAUGAUGUUAUCUAAACAAGAUGAUCAAACUAUUCUAUUAAUAUUUAGACAACAUAUAAAUCAAAUUUUAAGAAUCUUUCAAAGUGAAAGUGAUCAUGAAUAUUUUACAAUGAAUUUAAAUGCUAAAUUUAAAAACGCAAACUCAAACUACCUUUAUUCUAUUCAACCAACAUCUUCGGCUUAUAAUAUUUUAAAUGCAAAUCUCAACUCUGAAAAUCAAAAUAAAAACAUAGGAAACAGCCAAAAUAUUUCAAAUCAAGACACUUUCAAGCCAAUCAUCCCCGGCACAGGUUACUAUUGGUCUUCUAAAAGUGACAGAGCGAAUGAUUUAAAAACUUACUACAUUGUUUAUAAAAAUAGUAAAAUCCUUAGUAAAAAUAAUGAAGAAAGAAUCCUCUCUUAUUAUUUUGAUAAAAAAAAUCUUCUUAAUGAUUUUGAUGCAUGGUUGGACAUUUCCUAUCAACUUUCUGUUAUUAAAAAUAAUGCAAAUCUUCCUGUAGUUAAAAUUGUUGAAAUUUAUUACUCUAUAUUAAAAUACCUAACUUCAAGCGUUUGUGUUGAAAGAUUUCUAUUAUUAACUUACUUAUUACCUUCUUAUUCUGUUAAUGAUAAAAACGAUAUGUUUGAAAAGAAUGAUGGCUUAGAAUUAAUCACUUUAGGAUUGUUUCAUAAAGAUUCAAGAAUUAAAAAAAUGAUUCUUUUGAUUUUAUUUGAAGUUGAGAAAAAUAUUAUUGGGGAUUUAAUUUUGAAAAAGGGUUUGAAUCCAUUUUUGAAACUCGCUUAUGAUGAUCUUAAAAAAGCGUAUAAAAAGAAACAAAGACAAAAAUACAAAGAAAAGAGGCAAAAAUUAAUCCUCAAAUCAAAAAGAAAUGCCCUUUAUCUAUCUAGAAAUAAAAAUUUAAUACCUGUUCAAAAAUUUCCUGAAGUAAUAGAUUCCACGCCACCAAAAUAUUUUGAACAAUUCAAUUUUGAUGAUUAUAUAUAUUAG